UUUUACCUGGUGAAAUUUCCUUCAAAUACGUUACAUUAUAAUAUCUUAUAAACAACUGAACUACAACGGCGAGUGAAAGAAUUGUUUCUCGUCAUGACUGCUAAAAUAGAUCAACAUGGACAUUAUUUGCCUUUUUAUGGAUAUUCAAUAAUAUCUAUGUGUGAAAUGACACCAAAGCUGGAGGAACUGUACCACGUGUUGAAGGCAUCGCCCAUUGCUAAGUAUUACGAACCAUUACACUACUCUACUUAUCAUAUGACCGUGUAUAAUAUCUGGCACGAAAAGGAAAAGUUUUAUCCAUACCAAUAUAAAUUGAACGAUGGGAAACAACCAGAUAAGGAACUGGACAAUAUGACUGAACUCAUGAAACCAGCCUUAUUCAAAAUGGACGAAAAGAUAAACGAAUUUUCUAAGUUCGAUUCAAUCCACCUUAAUGGUUUGAAAACCUUAAGAAGACCCCAUCGUUCCAGUUUAAUUAUGACUGUAAAUGUUGCUUCUCAUGAGCAGGAUUCCCACCUGCAAAACUUGAGGUAUUGGUGCAAGGAACAUUUUGACAAGUCUGACUCCGAUCUUAUAUUUCAUAUCACUCUGGGAUACAAUUUCAAGGAAAUUGCAGAAGACAUAGAACCGGAAUGCAAGAAAUUAGAAGAUUGGAUUAAAAGUAAUAUUCCAUCUAUAAUUUUAAGUAGACCGACUCCUAUGUUGUUUACAUCUAUGGAAACUUUUAUACCAUAUUCAAAGAUAUAGCAAGAACAUAGCAAAAUGGAACCAAAAUAAUAAAUUUGUGGUUUUUCCGAUCAUCAACUUAUAAUCAAACUUAUGAAAUGUUAUUUCUUUUCAGCGAAUUUUGUAAAAAAAAAACUGCUACAUUUUAAAAGAAAACAAUCAAGUCAUAGAUUGAAUUUUAUUACAUAAAUGCUUUUUGACUAAACAUAAACUUAAUUUAUCAUUAUCAGGCUAAAGAGUAUAUCGCUGUUCGAAAGUCAUGAAACGAUUGAGAAAGAACAAAAAACGGCAAUGUUGCAUGCACAGAAACAGACUAUAAGAUAACAACUGCCAUUUUCCUGAUUUGGCACUGUAGCAGGACAUUUUAAGAAAAAAGUGGGAGGUUGAAUCUGUAUUUGUGGCUAGCCAGACCUCGCGCUUUUAUGGCUAAUGGCCUAAGUUAUGUAUAAAAAUAAUAAAUAAACGAAAAACAAAUAUGUAACACAUAAACAAACGACAACUACUGAAUUACAGGCUCCUGACUUGGACUUGAGGACUUGGACAGGCACCAACAUACAGAAUGUGGCGGGGUUAUACAUGUGAGCGGGUUCCCAAUCCUUCCUCUAACCUGGGACAGGGGUGUAACAGUACAACAUUAUAUUAUAGGUUUUGCGUAAUAGCUUUUUUUUUAAAUUCAUAUUCGAAUUAAAAGAAUGUUUAACGGUCCGUUCUGUUUCAUACUGCUUUCGGCUUUUCAUCAUAGUUCUAAAAAUAGAUUAUCGAUGAAUAGUUCCGAAUGAAUGUAAACAAAACUAACAAUUAUUCGAGCGAUGGAUCGCUGUUACUUAAAUACUGUCUUAAAUGUUGUUGUUCUAUCUCCUUUUAUUCGUGUAUGCUUUUCCCAAAUAGUCAAACCUAAAUGUUUCUGGUAUAUUGGUGGCGAUGGCAGUGAUAAUAUCGAUCUCAAAUCCGUAUUGACAGACAAUAGUAAUCAAACUUUCAUAACUUAUGACAAAAACAAUUCAACCCGAUAUUACUACAACCCGUGUUACAUGCUCAAUAAUGUGAAUCCAAGGUGCAAUACAAGUGCUUUGUGCAAAGAGGACUUACUGAAUUCUGAAUUCGAAAAUAUCGGAGAUUUUUCUAAUGUAAGACUAGAAAUAUUAAGUAAUGGCGACUACUACAGAAUUGAUUAUAAUAUAUUACAGACAUUAGUGAAAAAAGAUAGUACCAUAACUUUGGAGUGUAUGGAUAAUGAUAAACCGCAAUUUUACUAUAGAAGAUCUGACCUUCAAGACAAAUACUACUUUUCACUGUCAUCAACACGAUUCUGUAGAAGUAGAUUCAGCAUUGGUACUAUAAUGUGUGUUUCUCUUUUAUCCAUUGUACUCGUGUAUCUAGUCGUAGGUUUACUAUACAAGAAAGCUGUAUUAGGAGUGUCUGGCCUACAACUUAUACCUAAUGCCACUUUUUGGGCAGCUCUUCCUGGUUUAAUAAAAGACGGGUACUUGUUCUUUAUAAGCCCAUGUAUUGGUAAUAGAAGAGAAUAUGAUAAUUAUGAACGUAUUUAGAAUAAGAAUGUGCUGUUUGUUUUAAAAUAUAAUAGUUAAUGAAAGCCAUGAACAGUUAAAAUCCAGACUGAGUGUGUUUUACUUCAUUAAAAAAAUUAAGAUCUGGAAUGAUAGCAUAUGACAUAACUUUCCACCAGAUAGACGAAAAGGUUAGAAACUAUAGGUCAUCGUAUUACCUUUAAUAAUUAGCCGGACAUCCACUCUGUCGCAUUCCUAUUUUGGUGGUGCGUAUAUAUCUCUAAACAGUAAACAGCUAUCUUACUUUGUGAUAUAUUGGAACCUCUUCCAACCAAACUGGGAGAAGAAACUUAUGUAACUUCAGUUUUACUUACUUAAUUACAUUAUGACUAAAAUGAUUCGGUAUUUUGGAGUUAAAUGUUAGAUUAAAUAAUUAAUUUACAGCCCUUUUAGCGUAUUUCAUCCAUCAACUAUAUGUUCAGUUACAUUAGAAAUAAUUUACCAUUAUUGUAAUUGACUUAAUUUUGACUAAAAAAAAAAUACAUUUGUUUAUAUACUAAUAGAUUUCAUGUUUUUUCCAGCUGCUACUCUGUUUCAAAAACUUUUUAAAAUUUGGACAUGCAUUUGUCAAUCAUGUUCGUUUGAAUAUAAAUAUCUUUGUAUGAUUCGUUGUUCAGUUCAUGUGUAUGUAUUUAUUUAUGUAUUGAUUUUUUGUGCAUACUGAAUUUUUUUUUAUAUUACUUUGUCAUGUUUAUUAUAUUUGA